AUGGAGGACUUUUUAAUUGUCUUUAACUUUAACUUGAUUCUAGAUGUCAGAACAUGCUACUUUCCCGAAAGAUGGGAGGGCACGUGGUUCCAGUCUGGAGUAAGACAAUCUAUAUUGAUUGAAGGACCAAGACUGAGUAGCAAAGGCAGAUGUGUAGGUUCAGAGGGAGACAAAUUUUUGAUACUGGAUGAGAAAAAGACUUGUUAUCGAUGUGUAGUUAUUCAUGAAAAGCACAUAAAUGUCCUGCAAUAUAAAGAAACUUAUUGUCAUAGUCGUGAAGUACUUCCAACUCUCUGUGGCCUAAUCACUGGCGAUGCCCUCUUAUACUCGAUGUUCAGAGAGAACGCAGUACCAAUUCCUUGUCCCUUCAGAGGCCCCUUUACAUUUACUUACAAUCGAGGCCAUGGGGAGUGCAGGUAUCCCGUAUCCAGUAUAGACACCUGCAUAGAGGAAAGUAAACUGCUUUUGAGCUACCAAGCCUGUCCUGAUGUUCAUGGGUCAGAAAGUGCAAUUGAAGAAUUGCAAUGUUUAGCCUUAUGGAAGGAGGGCAGCUCCAGAUAUUUAGUAGGAAAGAUUUAUCAUAGUCACGUAACUUCCAAUGAAGACCGAUACCGAUGUUUCGUCUACGAAAAGGCCAGCGCUGCUUCAGAAGCUCUGGAUGGGGUCGAUUACAGAGUAGCUCAGAGCGGAGAUGCUACUUGUAAUGGUCUUUUUAGUGCUACAGAAGGCAGCCGGACCAUGACACUAAAAAAAGCUCUCCCUCUGAAUAAAUGCCGCUUCCCUUACUGGAUAGCGAAUUCGAAUCAUUGGCACACAUUAGAUUAUUCGUCCACAUACAGUUUUCACCACAAGAAUUCAACGCUGCGAAUUACCAAUUCGACUGGCAUAGACAUGAAAGUAAUAUGCGUGCAGCUCAAACAGGCAACCAGAGAUGAAAGUGCCGUGGUUUUAAUUACGCAUUUCACUAUGGGAUGCCAAAAUGGAUAUAUUUGUAUCGCGUUUUAUCGCAGAGAUGUCCAUGUUAUGGAAAUGCAGAUGGGAGCGCAAACAAAUCGUAGAGAAGAUGCCUGCAAUCCUGGUUUCUUCGAUAAAAGCACAUUGCCUUUUGUUACUCUUGUUACUACAACUGGAGAAACCCAACAUUGUCCGUUUAUGGGUAAGUUCGAAGUGAACAAUCUCAUACAGAACAAGCAAGAAACUUCUCUCAAUAAAUAUUCUCAACGAGAGGAACCCAAAUACUUUGACUCAAAUUUCUAUUUCCGAAAAGAGAGGCGGUCUAUAUAUUUUGAAGAAUUAGAGUACACGAGGAGACGAGUUAAACGCGUCGACGAAGACUUUGACUGUGAUAGCAAUGGGGUUUCGACCCUAAAUAUUGGUUGCGUUAGUUAUGAUACUAUGGAGUUUACUAUGGAUUGCACAGCGCCCAAUUUAAUCACCUCUUAUUCUUGCCACGGCAGAUGGGAAGAAAAUGGAACAAACUUUUUAAUCACCUCGCCAGUAGGUAACUCGGCUUUCGGUGUUCGAAAAUUUUGUUUUAUGUACAAAGAGGUUAUAUCAGGAGUAAUGUUUUCCACGUCGGCUGAAAGCUGCAACCGGUUGAUCAAGCCGGGAAUUACUGGUGAAUUAAUAUUUAAUAUUAGUAGCACAGGAAAAUGUUUUGACACUGACGCUUCAAUUAGGACCCAACCAAUAAACGCUUGGCUUAUAUCUUCUAUCGUCUUCUCUUCUAUAGUAUGGGUAAUACAAACGUCAAGAUGA